CAGCUGCUGGCACGUCUCUCCCUCUUGCUCACCAACUACUAUUACUACACGCUCGGGCGAGGACAUACACGAUACACCAGUCGAGAGAGCUCUCCGAGCUUGCGCGCGCGCGCCCCGCCAGCAGCCAUGAAGUCGGCGUCUCAGAGCCAGAGCCCGAAGACCCCGUCGCCCCGCGGCAGCGGCGGCGGCACGCCCGGAGCCGGGGCCGAGCACGCGCGCUCGGCGUCGGAGCCGUGGCUGGCGGCGGCGGCGGCGGCGGCGAGCGCCAGCGACGACUCGUGCGUCAACGACGUGGACAACUUCGCGCGCACCGUGGCGGCCGUCAAGUCCAAGUCGGCGUCCUGCGCGCGCCCGGACAUGCUGGCCUCCGUGCUGUCGCACUACGCCGCCAAGUGGCUCCCGGACGUGGCGCCGCCCUCGGCGUCGUCCCCGGCGUCGUCGGCGUCGGGGCGGUUCCUGCCGCCGGAGAGCCCCACGGCGACGUGGCUCAAGAAGCGGCUCCUGCUGGAGUCCCUCGUCGCGGCGCUCCCGCCCGACCCGCCGGCGCCGGGGUGCAGCGGGGCCGCCGGCGACGACGGCAUCACGUGCGACUUCCUGCUCAAGCUGCUCCGCGCGGGGAGCAUGGUGGGCGCGGACGCGGCGCUUCUGCGGGACCUGGAGGCCCGCGCGGCGCGGCGGCUGGACCAGGCCACGCUGGGCGCCGUCAUGAUCCCGGCGUUCGGGCACGCCGGCGGGCACGCGGCGCUGCUGCUGGACGUGCCCCUCGUGCUGCGGCUCGUGCGCGGGUUCCUCAAGGAGGGCGCCGCGGCCGCCUCCUCCUCCGCCAGCAAGGCCAGCUCCGCCGCGGCCGUCGGCGGUGGCGGCGCGGCGGCCGCCAGGGUGGCCCGGCUGGUGGACGCGUACCUGGCCGAGGCCGCGCUCGAGGCCGGCCUGCGCCCCGCCGAGUUCGAGGAGCUCGCCCGCGCCGUCCCCGCCCACGCCCGCCCCGCGGACGACGCGCUCUACCGCGCCGUCGACACCUACCUCAAGGCGCAUCCAAACACGUCCAAGGAGGAGCGGAAGUCGCUGUGCCGGCUGAUCGACGCGCGCAAGCUCACGGCGGAGGCCGCGGCGCACGCCGUCCAGAACGAGCGCAUGCCGGUGCGCUCCGUGAUGCAGGUGCUCUUCUCGGAGCACGGCAAGCUCAACCGCCUCGCCGAGCUGAGCGCCUCCUUCAGCGGCCUGCGGAGCCCCAACCCGGCGCUGGAGCUCCCCGGCCGCUGCCCUUCCAAGCGCGAGGUCCUCGCGCAGCACCAGGAGGUGCGCCGCCUCCGCGAGGACGUCGCCAGGCUCCAGGUGCAGUGCAACGCGCUGCAGGCCCAAGUGGACAGGCUGACCUCGGACAGGAGGCGGCGCGGCGGCGGCGGCGGCUUCUUCAAGUGGAGCGCGUUCUGGUUCGGCGGCGGCAUGGGCGCGGACGUCGCGAGGGUCGACGACUCGGAGAGCGGCAUGGAACGCCGGACGCCGGCCAAGGGGAAGAAGGACAGCGCCGCCUCGGCGACGCCGAACGCCAAGUGGCGCAAGUCAACUUCAUGACAUGGAGUUGGAAACGGGCUGAUGAAGGGAUGGGUUGUUAAUUUUUGUUUCUUUUUUUAUUAUUUUUGCUUUUGGUUUGGUUACAGCAAUUUCUGGGUUUGAAAGCUCUGUUGUGAUACUGUCAUCUUGAGUUUCUGUUCAUGAUGAAAUUAUCUCACUGAACUGUAUGAAGUAGCCUAAAAGCAUCAACUUCUGACGGUCUGAAA